CUCUUUCCUUGGCCCAUAAUGCCCCGCGAACGCGGCGCGUGGUGCAUCUGAGGCUCUGGCCGAGCAAGGGGCGCUCGUUCGGCUGCCUUUGUUGUGAGCGGCGUGGACAGCGCUAUGGCGGGUGCCCUGUUGGCUCGCUUGCUUUCGCCUGCAUCUGGGUCGGGAUGCGUUCUCAGAUGGAGUAGUUUUUGCACAGUGGAAAAAUGGUUUUCAAAAUGUAUGAGUACAGGUAACUAUCCAAAGAAGCCCAUGACAGCAUACUUGCGCUUUUAUAAAGACCAACACCCUAUUUUCAUGAAAAACAAUCCAGGUGUGAGUAUUACAGAUUUAACAAAAAAGAUAGCACUUGCUUGGAGGGAGCUACCAGCAUCCGAAAAAGAACCUUAUGAAGCAGCUGCAAAAGUUGACAGGCAAGAAUAUAAUGAACAGUUGGCCACAUAUAAAGCCCAACUCACUCCUGACCAGAAAUCAGCUUGGAUAGAGGAAAAGAAGAAGAAAAUGGAAAAAAGAAAAACCACAAAAAGAAAGAGGCAGCAGACUGUUCUUGGAAAACCUAAAAGACCUCGAUCUUCUUUCAACAUUUUUAUGUCUGAACAUUUCCAUGAAGCGAAAGGAGCCUCAAUUACGCAAAAGUUGAAAAAUAUGCAUGAAGAAUGGGAAAAAUUGCCUACUUCACAAAAGCAGAUAUAUCUACAGCUUGCAGAGGAUGAUAAAGUUCGUUAUGCAAAUGAAAUUAAGUUAUGGGAGCAUCAUAUGUUAGAAAUAGGAUGCAAAAAUUAUAUACGUUCCAAAAACAAGAACAGUCUGGUAGAAACAAUAGCUAUAAAAAAGACCUCAGAAAAGAGUUCUUUGGAAAGCCAGGUUGUCUCACCAGCAACAAACAAAAGUGUAAAGGCAUCUGAGGAAUGAACUCGAAAAUAAUUUUAUCCAGAAAAAGACUAUAUACGGGGAAAACCCCUGAGUAAAAGGCCGAACUUUUCUGAAAACUGUCAAACAAUUAGGAUAAGUCACAUUUUUGAAAAUGUAAGAAAUCCUUGAUCAUGAAAAAGGAAGUGUUUCUUUCAUAAUUAUGUAAAUAAGCAUUAUCUUAUAGUCAGGUCUUUCUUAAGACUGUGAUCUGUAUAAAAUCACUAUCUCUUGAAGUUUAUUAGAAAUUAAAUUGGAAUGUAAGCUGCAAGUCUAUUUAGUAUGUAAAUAAUGUGUGAAUUGCUGGAGAAAGCAUGUAUAUUUGCUAAUUUCAGUCUUGGAAUUUAAAACUACUGAUUCAAUAGUAUUUUUCAUUUACAUUUUGGUAUGCAUUUGCCAACAAUGUAUACUAUUUAUAUUGUAUAAAAUAAAGCAAAUUUGAUAAAA